UAUAUUCGAUUUUUUCUUCACAACUUGGCUUAUCGAUAAUAUUAUUAUCGUUUCUCGCGAACAUUAAUACUUUAGACGAAGUGUUCGCGGCAUCGUCACAAGUCUCAGUUAACAUUGUUGCUCCGUUUAGUUUACUAUCAUUUAUUGUUAGUUUUCAUUUUUAUUUCUUUUUUUAUUUUUCUUCAUAAUCAUCGUCAUCAUCUUUUUACUUUUUCGUUGAUACACACUUUCAACACCAACUUUGUAAGGGGGGCAUUCGAAUUUUUCGUAUAAUUACCCCCUCUUCCCAUCCCCUACCCCACAUCUCGAUUAAUUCGAUACAAUUGUGUUUGAAUUAAUUAUUUGUUUAAAUUAUUAUCGAACAAUUCUACGGUGAGUGAGAUAUUCGUACACACGAAACGAGGUUUAUACUCUAAGAAUAUAAAUUCAUACUACUUCUACGAGUCAAAUAUACUACUACAAUCGUGUGUUUGUAUAGGCACAAUACAAACCUUCUCGUGGAUAUCAAAGAGAGACACGUAUCGUUUCAAGGCCGAUAAAUAUCUUUGUAAUGUUUAAAUCGUCAGUAUGAUUCAAGACACACGGAUGAUAGGAUCUAACUGAGAAGAUUGAACUAUAAGGAAAAGAAAAGAAGAAGAAGAAAAAAAAUAAAUAAAUAAAGGAUAGAAAGAAAGUGAAAGAAACACGAAUAAUUAAAUAAGAUAAUUGUGAGAACAUCUGUGUACAAUUAUAGUAUGCUACGGAAUCUUCUGAACGCAAUAACCGGUAUUACAAUUUAAUAUCAAAAAGUUUUAUUCGUUUCCCCAUUCUCUCUCCAAUUCGUGAUCUAAUAAUCGAUUAUAAUAAAUAAUAAUAAUAAUAAUAAUCGAUAAAGUAAAUUAUUAAAAGUGUCAGACCACCUGUCGUGGGGUAUCCUCUUCAACGUGCUCAUCAAAAAAUUAUUUCUAAUAUUUUUGUUGGUAAUCAACGGUUUGGUGUCCGUUACAACUGGUGUCCGCAGGUGGUUACAGGGGAUUCUGUACGAGCACGAGGAGGAACCCCCCUGGUGGUGGUGGUUGUGGUGGUGGCGACAGUGGUGGGGGUGGUGGUCCUCCCUUUUAAGAAGGGUGGUGAGGGAUUGGCUCGGUCAUAGACCUCUCAACGAUGUCUGAAACAACACCUGUAAGCUUUGUCGUCGGGGAACCUGACCCAGACGCUGACGAAGAGUUGGAAUUUGGUGAUAGUUUUCCAAUCGAAGGAAAUGAUGCCAACAAUCCACAAACUCAACAACUUUCCGUACCACCUGGAUUGGUCGAACGACGUAAACGACUCAGGCCUAGCAUGUCGCAGGGUACGGUGAUGAUUCAGGCACAAAGUCGAUUGCAAGAGAAAGACUUCACCGUUGCGACACCAGAAGAAUUCGUUCAUCGUUUUGGUGGUACCAAGGUUAUCAACAAGGUUUUAAUAGCUAACAAUGGAAUCGCUGCAGUCAAAUGCAUGCGUUCGAUACGACGAUGGUCUUACGAGAUGUUUAAGAAUGAAAGAGCAGUACGUUUCGUGGUCAUGGUCACGCCGGAAGAUCUUAAAGCUAAUGCAGAAUAUAUUAAAAUGGCUGAUCAAUAUGUCCCAGUACCUGGUGGAACAAAUAAUAAUAAUUAUGCUAACGUCGAAUUAAUUGUUGAUAUUGCAACGAGAACCCAGGUGCAAGCUGUUUGGGCUGGUUGGGGUCAUGCAUCGGAAAAUCCUAAAUUACCAGAAUUAUUACACAAGAAUAAUAUUAUUUUUAUAGGUCCAUCGGAAAGAGCAAUGUGGGCUUUAGGUGAUAAAAUAGCUUCAAGUAUAGUUGCUCAAACAGCUGACGUUCCUACAUUACCUUGGUCGGGAUCCGAAUUGAAAGCUCAAUACAGUGGCAAGAAAAUUAAAAUAUCGACCGAAUUGUUCAAGAAAGGUUGUGUUUCAACCGUUGAAGAAUGUCUUGCCGCGUCUAAUAAAAUAGGUUUUCCAAUUAUGGUGAAAGCUAGUGAAGGUGGUGGUGGUAAAGGUAUUAGAAAAUGUGAAAAUGCUGAGGAAUUACCUGCUUUAUUUAGACAAGUCCAAGCUGAGAUACCGGGUUCGCCAAUAUUUAUCAUGAAAAUGGCGAAGUGUGCUCGUCAUUUAGAGGUGCAAUUAUUAGCCGAUAAUUACGGUAAUGCAAUAUCGUUGUUCGGACGUGAUUGUUCCAUUCAAAGAAGACAUCAGAAAAUAAUAGAAGAGGCACCAGCUGUAGUAGCCAAACCAGAAGUCUUCGAAGAGAUGGAGAAAGCUGCUGUGAGAUUAGCCAAGAUGGUCGGAUAUGUAAGCGCGGGUACCGUUGAAUAUUUAUACGACACUUCCGGUCGUUAUUAUUUUUUGGAAUUGAACCCUAGACUUCAAGUAGAACAUCCGUGUACCGAGAUGGUAUCGGACGUUAAUCUCCCUGCUGCACAACUUCAAGUGGCUAUGGGAUUGCCACUUCAUCAUAUCAAAGAUAUACGUCUCCUUUACGGCGAGAGUCCUUGGGGUGACAGUCAAAUAGAUUUUGAUCAGUUACGUCAUAAACCUCAGCCUUGGGGUCACGUAAUAGCUGCUAGAAUAACCAGCGAAAAUCCCGACGAAGGUUUCAAACCGAGUUCAGGUACGGUACAAGAAUUGAACUUUAGAUCGUCUAAAAACGUCUGGGGUUAUUUUUCUGUCGGCGCAUCCGGUGGUCUUCACGAAUUCGCCGAUUCGCAAUUCGGUCAUUGUUUUUCCUGGGGCGAGGAUCGUUAUCAAGCACGAGAAAAUUUGGUCAUUGCUUUGAAAGAAUUGAGUAUAAGGGGUGACUUUAGAACGACGGUAGAAUAUUUAAUAACGUUGCUGGAAACCGAAUCCUUUCAACAAAACACUAUCGACACGUCGUGGCUCGAUGUGCUUAUUGCAGAACGCGUUAAAAGUGAUAAACCCGACGUUUUAUUAGCCGUUACUUGUGGUGCCAUUCAUAUUGCUGAUAGAACUAUCACUGCCGCGUUUACUGGUUUUCAAACAUCAUUGGAAAAAGGUCAAGUACAAGGCAGUAACGAUUUAAAUAAUUUCGUAGAUGUAGAAUUAGUGAACGAUGGUUACAAGUACAAAGUUGAAGCAGCCAAGUCAGGUCCUAAUAGUUAUUUCCUCGUUUUAAAUAGUUCCUAUAAAGAGGUAGAAAUUCAUCGACUGUCCGACGGUGGUUUGUUGCUUUCGAUGGAUGGUGCAAGUUACACGACAUACAUGAAGGAAGAAGUAGAUCGUUAUAGAAUAAUAAUAGGUAAUCAAACCUGUGUAUUCGAAAAGGAUAACGAUCCGUCUUUACUUAGAGCGCCGUCAGCCGGUAAAUUGAUUAAUUUCUUGGUGGAGGAUGGUGGUCACGUUGACAGUGGACAAGCUUACGCCGAGAUCGAAGUAAUGAAAAUGAUUAUGACAGUAACGGCUAGCGAAGCUGGUACAGUGUUCUACGUUAAAAGGCCAGGUGCUAUUCUUGAGGCUGGUACUACGAUAGCUCAUUUAGAACUCGAUGAUCCAUCUUUGGUGACUAACGCUGAGGAAUACACGGGCCAAUUUCCGACACCAGUUGCACCAGCUAUUCCAGACAAAUUAAAUCAUCUUCAUGCGAAAUAUCGGAUUGCUUUGGAAAAUACUUUAGCUGGUUACUGUUUACCAGACCCAUAUCAUCUACCACGUUUACGUGAACUGAUUGAAAAGUUCAUGUACUCUUUACGCGAUCCUAGCUUACCUUUGCUUGAACUUCAAGAAGUCAUAGCUACGAUAUCGGGAAGAAUUCCACCUUCGGUUGAGAAAAAGAUUAGAAAAUUGAUGUCAUUGUACGAAAGGAAUAUAACUUCUGUUCUUGCACAAUUUCCUAGUCAACAGAUCGCUGCUGUUAUCGAUGGACACGCUGCUACCCUUUCAAAACGUUCCGACAGAGACGUGUUCUUCUUGACAACGCAAGCUAUCGUUCAACUUGUGCAAAGAUAUCGGAAUGGUAUACGUGGUCGUAUGAAAACAGCCGUACACGAACUUCUUCGUCAAUAUUAUACGGUUGAGUGUCAAUUUCAACAAGGACAUUACGACAAAUGCGUGACCGCUUUAAUAGAACAAUACAAAGAUGAUUUAAGUACAGUAACUGCAAUGAUUUUCAGUCACAAUCAAGUAACCAAAAAGAAUAUCCUAGUAACUAUGUUAAUCGAUCAUCUCUGGGCUAACGAACCUGGUCUCACCGACGAAUUGGCUAGCACUUUAACGGAAUUGACUAGCUUGAACAGAACGGAACACAGUCGAGUUGCGUUAAGAGCUAGACAAGUAUUAAUAGCAGCACAUCAACCUGCCUACGAAUUAAGACACAAUCAAAUGGAAUCGAUAUUUCUAUCAGCCGUCGACAUGUACGGCCACGAUUUUCAUCCUGAAAAUCUUCAAAAACUUAUACUUUCCGAGACAUCUAUAUUCGAUAUUCUACACGAUUUCUUCUAUCACUCGAAUCGUGCGGUUUGCAACGCAGCAUUGGAAGUUUACGUUCGUAGAGCUUACAUCAGUUACGAAUUAACGUGUUUACAACACUUGGAAUUGUCAGGAGAAAUGCCUCUCGUACAUUUUCAAUUCUUGUUACCCAACAAUCAUCCCAAUCGGCAAACUCAGUCAAUUGUUAAUUACAGAACAGGAGCUAUGGCGGCGUUCAAAGAUUUCGAUCAAUUCCGCGAAUACUCGGACGAGAUUUUCGAUUUGUUGGAAGACUUAUCUUCGCCCAGUUCGGUAUCCGUUAAAGUCUUAGAAGCUGUAGACGCGAUUGGUAGUGAAUCACGUCACAGUACUUCUAUAAACGUAUCGCUCAGCACCGCAGAAGUUGCUGCAACUACUGCGGAAUUAGGUGAGAGACCAGCCGAGCCUGUACACAUUUUAAGUAUUGCAAUUAAAGAAGACGGUACGCAAGACGACGCUACUAUGGCAAGAUUAUUUGGCGAUUGGUGUGCAACCAGUAAAGACGAAUUAAUAUCUCGUGGAAUUAGGAGAGUCACUUUCGCAGCUUUAAAAAAGAAACAAUUUCCAAAAUUCUUUACGUUCAGGCAAAGAGACGGAUUCGUCGAGGACAGAAUUUAUCGUCACUUGGAACCAGGUUGUGCAUUCCAAUUGGAACUUAAUAGAAUGAGAACAUACGAUUUGGAAGCUUUACCAACGUCGAAUCAAAAAAUGCAUUUGUAUCUUGGACAGGCAAAGGUAGCCAAAGGACAGCAAGUUACGGAUUAUCGUUUCUUCAUACGCUCUAUUAUUCGUCAUUCCGAUUUGAUUACCAAGGAAGCAAGUUUUGAUUAUCUUCAUAACGAAGGAGAACGAGUAUUGCUCGAAGCUAUGGAUGAAUUAGAAGUAGCUUUCUCGCAUCCUUUAGCUAAACGUACAGAAUGUAAUCAUAUAUUCUUAAAUUUCGUACCUACGGUCAUAAUGGAUCCUGCCAGGAUAGAAGAAAGUGUUACAAGUAUGGUACUCAGAUAUGGUCCGAGAUUAUGGAAAUUACGUGUUCGCCAAGCCGAAAUUAAAAUGACCAUCCGUCCAGCACCUGGUAAAACAACAUCAACCAUACGUUUGUGCAUUGCCAAUGACAGCGGUUACAGUAUAGAUUUACAUCUUUACGCUGAAUCGACGGAUCCUAAAACAGGUAUCAUCCGUUUCGAAUCUUAUCCACCACCUGCUGCUAAUAUAUCCAAUUGGAGGCCUGGUCCUAUGCACGGUUUACCAAUUUCUACACCUUAUCUUACCAAGGAUUAUUUACAAGCGAAAAGAUUCCAAGCCCAAAGCGCUGGUACAACUUACGCGUACGACUUGCCUGAUAUAUUUCGACAACAAGUUGAAAAAUCUUGGCAUAAAUAUAUUGAAGAGAGACCCAAUUCGAAUAUAAUCAUUCCUUCCUCGGUAAUGGAUUGCGUUGAAUUAGUAUUGGACGGUGAAAAUCUUGUUGAACAAAAACGUUUGCCCGGUGAGAAUGACGUAGGCAUGGUAGCAUGGAGAUUAACGUUGUACACACCCGAAUUUCCAACCGGUCGAGAUAUCAUAUUGAUAGCCAACGAUUUAACACAUUUCCUUGGCUCGUUUGGUCCGAAAGAAGAUUUGGUAUUUUACAGAGCAUCAGAAAGAGCCAGACAACUUGGUAUUCCGCGUAUUUAUUUCGCCGCAAACGCAGGUGCGCGUAUUGGCCUAGCCGAGGAAGUGAAAGCAUUGUUCAGAAUAGCGUGGGAAGAUGAGAAUGAGCCUGAAAAGGGAUUCAAGUAUAUAUACUUGACACCAGACGAUUAUGCUCGUUUGGCGCCACUUAAUUCGGUCAAGGCUUCCUUGAUCGAGGAUCCAGCUGGUGAAUCUCGUUACAAGAUUACGGAUAUAAUUGGCAAGGACGACGGUAUUGGUGUAGAAAAUUUAAAAUACGCUGGUAUGAUCGCCAGUGAAACGUCCCGUGCUUACGACGAAAUAGUUACCAUUUCUAUAGUUUCGUGUCGUGCUAUUGGUAUCGGUUCAUAUUUGGUGCGUCUUGGUCAGAGAACUAUUCAAAUAGAAAAUUCUCAUAUCAUUCUUACCGGUUACCGUGCAUUGAAUGCCGUACUAGGACGGGAAGUUUACGCGAGUAACAAUCAAUUAGGUGGUAUUCAAAUAAUGCAUAACAAUGGUGUUACUCAUGCGGUCGAUAGCAGAGAUUUGGAAGGGGUGGCCACAGUUUUGAGAUGGUUGAGUUAUUUCCCAAGGGCCAGAGGUACAAGUUUGCCAAUAUUACCCUCGCCUUUACCUGAUCCUAUCAACCGAGAAAUUACUUAUGUGCCUACCAAAGCACCCUACGAUCCAAGGUGGAUGUUAGAGGGUAGAUACUUGCCCAACGAUCAAAAUAUAUGGGAAAGUGGUUUCUUCGAUCGUGGAUCAUGGCAGGAAAUAAUGAAACCUUGGGCACAAACUGUGAUAACUGGUAGAGCAAGACUCGGUGGUAUACCCUGUGGAGUUAUCGCCGUUGAAACGAGAACCGUUGAAUUGCAUCUUCCUGCUGAUCCUGCUAAUCCUGAUUCAGAAGCUAAAACAAUAUCUCAGGCUGGCCAAGUAUGGUUCCCAGACAGUGCCUAUAAAACUGCGCAAGCUAUCCAAGAUUUUAAUAGGGAAGAACUUCCACUUGUUAUAUUUGCUAAUUGGAGAGGAUUUUCUAGUGGAAUGAAAGACAUGUAUGAUCAAAUAGUUAAAUUCGGUGCCUAUAUCGUGGACGCUUUAAGAGAAUACACGCAACCAAUAUUUGUUUACAUUCCACCAAAUGGUGAAUUAAGAGGAGGUGCGUGGGCGGUGGUAGAUACUACGAUCAAUCCACGAUACUUAGAAAUGUUUGCUGAUAAUACCAGCAGAGGUGGUGUAUUGGAAGCUACUGGUAUCGUAGAAAUUAAAUUCAGAAACAAGGAUAUUAUCAAGAGUAUGCAUAGAACAGAUUCUGUUAUUCAAAAGUUAAAAGAAAAUUUAACGACAUCAACUUCGGCCGAGGAAAAAAUAGAAUUAGAAUCGCAGAUACGUAAGAGAGAAAAAUCUUUAAUACCGAUCUAUCAACAAGUAGCCGUUUAUUUCGCGGAUCUUCACGACACGCCAGAACGAAUGUUGGAGAAGAACACGAUACAGGAUAUAAUACCGUGGCAAAAAGCAAGACCCUUGCUUUAUUGGAAAUUGAGAAGAAGAUUAUUGGAGGAGAAAAUUAAAAAAGAUAUUUUGUCGAUGCAACCAAAACUCGACGUUAGACAAAUAGGUGCAAUGUUGAGACGGUGGUUUAUUGAAGAUAAGGGAGCGAUAGAAUCUUACCUUUGGGAUCAGGAUGAAGCAGCUACUACAUGGUUGGAAGCACAACUUGUUAAUGAGAACAGCGUUGUGUUACGCAAUAUUAUGUGCGUUAAAAAAGACGCUGUUAUAACACGCAUCAAAGAGGCCCUUGAAACUUGUCCGGAAGUAAGAUUGGAUGCUGUAUUAGAAAUAGCUCAUAGAUUAAAUCCUGCUGAACGUGCUGAAUUGCAAAGAACUUUAUCGCAAAUGGAAACACCAGAUCAAGAACAUCACAUCGAUUCGAGUUCUUCUUCCUAAGAUACAAAUUUGUAAACGAUCCUAAUCUUUUCUUAUUCUCUUUCUUUCUUUCUUUCUUUCUUUCUUUUUCUCUACAUCUAUCUGCGUACCUGGUGUAUGUGUAGCAAUUAUUAUUUUAUUAGAAGUUAUUAUUUGUACAGACAUUAAAACACGCGAUUAUAUUAUUAUUCGUCGAUAAUAAUAGAUUGUUCAGGUAUA